CGGCGGGCUGGGGGCUCGGCGCGCCCGGGCGUCAGUCGGGCCGCGGCGACGGCGGCAGGAGCGCGUCCCGGCGCCGCCUCGGGCUGCCAUCGGCUCUGGGUCUGCUCCGGGAGAAGGAGAGCGAGGCGAGGCGCCGGGCCCGCGGGCCGCGCGCAUGGCUUAGGGACGCCCCCGCCUGCCGCGCCCCCAGCAUGGGGAAACUUCACUCCAAGCCGGCCGCCGUGUGCAAGCGCAGGGAGAGCCCGGAAGGUGACAGCUUCGCCGUGAGCGCUGCCUGGGCUCGGAAGGGCAUCGAGGAGUGGAUCGGGAGGCAGCGCUGCCCAGGCGGUGUCUCAGGACCCCGACAGCUGCGGUUGGCGGGCACCGUUGGUCGAGGCACCCGGGAGCUCGUGGGCGAGGUGUUCAGAGACGCACUCAGCGAGGAGGAGGAGGAGGACUUCCGGCUGGAAGUGGCCCUGCCACCCGAGAAGACCGACGGUCCAGGCCCAGGUGGCGCAGAUGAGAAGAGGGUGGAGAGAGUGAGCGAAUCUUGCCCGGGCUCCAAGAAGCAGCUGAAAUUUGAGGAGCUACAGUGUGAUGUGUCUGUGGAGGAGGACAGCCGGCAGGAGUGGACCUUCACCCUGUAUGACUUUGACAACAACGGCAAGGUCACCCGCGAGGACAUCACCAGCCUGCUGCACACCAUCUACGAGGUGGUCGAUUCCUCCGUCAACCACUCCCCGGCGUCCAGCAAGACGCUGCGGGUGAAGCUCACGGUGGCCCCCGACGGGAGCCAGAGCAAGAGGAGCACCCUCCUCAGUCAAGCCGACCUGCAGAGCACAAGGCCCAGAGCAGAGACCAAGCCCGCCGAGGAUCUGCGAAGCUGGGAGAAGAAGCAGCGCGCGCCCCUCAGGUUCCAGGGUGACAGCCGCCUGGAGCAGCCGGGUUGCCUCCACCACUGCGUGGAUGAGAACAUCGAGAGGAGAAACCACUACCUAGACCUCGCAGGGAUAGAGAACUACACGUCCCAGUUCGGGCCCGGCUCCCCGUCUGUGGUCCAGAAGUCAGAACUGCCCCCCCGCACCUCCAACCCUACUCGAUCUCGCUCCCAUGAGCCAGAAGCCGUCCACGCCCCACACCGGAAGCCCCAAGGCGCGGACCCCAGCUCCUUCCACUUCCUUGACACCCCAUUCGCCAAGGUCUCAGAGCUCCAGCAGCGGCUCCGGGGCGCCCAGGAUGGGAGCAAGCACUUUGUGAGGUCCCCCAAGGCCCAGGGCAAGAGCGUGGGUGUGGGCCACAUGGCCAGAGGAGCAAGGAGCAAGCCCCCUCUGGCACCUGCGGUCCCUGUGGUGUCCCCCUCUGCCCACCUGGCCACCAGUCCAGCCCUCCUCCCCACCCUGGCACCCCUCGGGCACAAGAAGCACAAGCACCGAGCCAAGGAGAGUCAGCCGGGCUGCCGGGGCCUGCAGGCGCCACUGGCCGCAGGUGGUGCCGUCCUGGGGCGGGAGCACAUGAGGGAGCUGCCCGCCGUGGUGGUGUAUGAGAGCCCGGCCGGGCAGGCGGUCCAGAGACACGAACACCAUCACCACCACGAACAUCACCACCAUUACCACCACUUCUACCAGACCUAGAGCCCUGCCAGUCCCUCCCGCCACAUGAAGGACCCCUGCCCCACACCCCCAAGGCAUUAUUCUAUUAAUUAUUGUUAUUAUGACUAUUGUUAUUAAUAAUUAUUGUUACUCCACUAAUAUUUAGCUAGCCUUCAUGUAGAAGAUAUAUGGAAACACAGAACUAAAUUUUUAUUUAUAUGUUGUGGGGACUGCCUGACACCCAAGAAACGACUCUGGGUUUCGGAGGGGUCUGCAGGUGGAGGCUCCCUCGGGGCUCCCAAGCUGCAGUGUCCCUGAGGACCGGCCCACACCCUUCCCAGCGCCACGGGAGCCAAAACUCUGCCCCGCCCCAAUCUCUCUCCCAGGAGAACGCCCUUCCCUGGUCCAGCUUCAGAGACCCUCAGAAUCUCUGAGAAGACAAACAGCUGCUACCUCUUAGUAUUCUUCUGAUUCGAUUUUGCCCUUAACUGAUUGUGACGUGCUACAAGGGAUUUCAGCGGACUGCAGACACGCGACCUCCUUACUGUUGUGUUUUUAUGUCCCAACCUAGAAACCUUAGCUCUCCUUUCUGGAGUGUUCUUUCACGCCUUUCCAGUGGGAUCACGCCCUCACCCCAGACCAGCCCCAUCUCUUCUGCCAGGCACAACAUGAGACUCCACUUCUCCUUCCCUGUUUCUCCUCUCUUCUUUUGAAAGAUAGACACAUAUUUAAGGAC